GUCAAUUAUUACCUCUCAUAAUGCAUCCGCAAUAUUCAGGUCACCAAUCGGAUUUGGGCAUCUAUCCAUCGUGGCGGCCUUGCUGUCUUAGUCGGACUCUUCAGACGGGACGGCACGCUCUACUAAGUGAGACAUACAUAGGUAUCGUCAAAGUACUGCGCUUUGCUUUUUCUGCACUUUAGUGCACAAUUUCCGACACCAAUCCUUGAAAUUGUGGCUUCGCUUGGCUUCGGAUCUCAAGAGCUUGCGCCAAUCAAUAUAGACAUGACUAUCUACCGAAUUCCGUUGCUUUGGUCGCUCCUCAGUCUCGUCUCCCAUGCUCGAGGGCAAAGUCCGGAAGUAUGGGCCACCUUGAAUGUCUCCGUUGGGGGGCGUCUCCAUACGAACCGACCUUUCGCGUUACCAUGUUACUCGCUAUAUAACGGCAGCGCCGUUACGACUGAUGAGGCGGUUUGCUCCGUCAUCCGCGAGAAUUACACCACCAAUUCGCUUGUCGCAGAAUAUCCUAAUGGUUAUAUGAAUUUGCAGGGUGAAAUGUGUCUUGGGAAUCCGUUGGAUCAAUGCACCUUGAAUAAUGCGCAACUCCCAGCAACGGAACCUUCCCCAGGGGCUUCGUGUAACCAAGGAAGUGUCCCCUCGUACUACAUUGAAGUCGAGGAAGUAGACGACAUUCUCGCCUCUUUUAACUUCACCCGAGAGUACCAAAUUCCGUUGGCCAUCAAGAAUUCCGGCCAUGAUUAUAUGACUAGGAAUAGCCAGAAAGGUUCGGUGGCUCUUUGGGUGCAUAAACUUCAAGGCCUUGCGUAUUACGAUGAUUUUGUGCCCGAAGGAUGUGCGGCGAAAUUUAGCGUUGGUCGUACUAUCACCGCGGGUACUGGGGUUAGCACGAAUGAUAUACACAACUUCGCAUAUAAGCACGGGAGUACUUUUGUUGGUGGUUAUUCACCGACAGUUGCCGCAUCCGGAGGUUGGGUUCUCGGCGGUGGGCACAGCGUAUUAUCACCAGUCUACGGUCUCGGCGUCGAUCGGGUGGUGGAAUUCAAGAUCGUUACACCGGAUGGAAUUGUUAGAGUUGCCAAUCAAUGUCAGCACGAAGAUCUUUUCUGGGCUUUACGAGGAGGAGGCGGUGGGACAUUUGGAGUCGUUCUGGAAGCUACGCACCGAGUCGAGCCCUCAAUGCCUGUCGCAAUCGCCAGUAUUAAGCUGCCGUCCAACGGCACAGCCGAGACUUCAUUAAAGUGGAUCGAAUUAAUGGCGCGGCAAUCCUUAGUCUGGGGUAAGCAGGGAUGGGGAGGGCACGCGGGUGGCACGUAUCUAACUUAUAUGAACCCGACGCCAACUAUCGGUAACUCAACCGAUGGAGGUGCCGCCGCCAAGGACUCUAUGAAAGCUACUACUGAGUUUGCGCUUAGUGUUGGAGGCACCAGCGUUGUAGAAGUCCUACCUAGUUUCCUCGACGUAUGGAAUAAGUAUGUGUUACCUGGGGCUCUGACAUCAGCCGGGAUAACUCGUGUGUUAGCGACAAGACUUAUUCCAAAAACAUUCUUCGAAGACGAUGCUGGAAUUACUAGAUUGGCGGAUUUCAUGGUAGCUGCACAGGAAUUAGGCUUCGAUCCACGGAACUUUUACUGUCCGGCUGAUACCCCCUUUGUCGCGGACGCUGCAGUGCAAUUAAAAUCGGACAAUAACACUAGACCUACGACGUCUGUCCACCCCGCAUGGUAUAAUGCUCUUUGGGACGUUUCUACUAGCCUAGCGAUUCCAUGGGGCGCCUCCUAUGCGGAGCGAUUGCAGAAUAUGACGGCAACGACGAGAGCGACGAUCCUCGCGGAGAAGCUGACCGGUACUAACGGAGGAAGUUACACAAACGAAGCCAACCCUUUCACACCCAAUUGGCGCGAGUCAUGGUGGGGCGACAACUAUGCCGAUCUUCUCGCUAUUAAGAAGAAAUACGAUCCAGAGGGGCUAUUGAAGUGCUGGAAGUGCGUUGGCUUCGAGGAUGAAGACGUGUCUAGUGAAAGAUUCAGCUGCCAAGGAAAACUGCAAUUGGACGUCGACCGCAACAUAGCGGAUACGGCGUAAUAGUCUUUAUUCGAAGCUAAUUUAAUGCCGUAAAGACAAAUUUUUACGAUGUUUUUCUAAGGGUCAAGUGAGUAUUUGGUAUUGGUAUGGGUAUGCAUCGAGUUAAGAC